AACAGAGUCCUACUCUGAAGGCGUCAAAUAUAACGGACUGAAUCUUCAGCGUUAAACCUUCCCCCGUUUACUUUUCGCCAACUCCAUAACGGCUGCCUCAGCUGGCACCUCCUUCAUCUUCAUCUUCAUCUUCCUGAGCUGUACAAGGAAGCUCGGACUCGGACUCACCGUUCAAUGGAAGCAUCUAAAGAAGCAGAGGAAGAUAACAAAGCUUGGGAAGAUGUGAUCAGAAGAAUGUUACCUGUGGGAGCUCCGUUACCCGACGAAGAUCAUCUCGAUUAUUCCAUCGCUAUUGAAUACGAAGGCCCUCCGAUUCCUUAUGAUGUCCCUCGAGUUGAUCCACUCGAUCUCGGUUCGCUCUCCGUUUAUGAUACCUCCUCGAUUCCCGUCGCCGCUUCGAUCCCCAGUAAACCCAAAUUCUCCAGCUUUAAAAAGAAUCGGUAUGCUGUCAGAAAUGGAAGCCCCCUUGAAAGCCAGAGACUGUCCUCCGCUUCAAGAUCCCAGAUUGAUUCUCGUAACGGCAAUUACGAUUCCGAGAUCGAGGUUGAGAAGUCUCCGCCGCCACCGACUCCUCCGCUGCUACCAGUUGAUAAGAAGAAUGCUGUAGUGACGUUUAACACGCCGAAAGAAUCGGAAAAUGAUGACGAAGAAGAUGAUGACGAAGACGACGGGUAUUCUUCUUCUUCCAGCGUAGCGGAUGCUGCUGCUUCUGUGGAGAAUGUGGAAACGGGUCGGGUUAGGAAGGAGAAGAAGAGAGGAGUUUGCAUCAGGUGUGAGAAACGGAGUAGAUUGAAGGAAAGAGAGGCGUGUUUGGUUUGUGAUGCGAGGUAUUGUAGCAAUUGCUUGCUCAAGGCCAUGGGGUCUAUGCCUGAAGGAAGGAAGUGCGUAAGUUGCAUCGGGAAGCCUAUUGAUGAAUCCAAGAGGCCUAGACUUGGGAAAAGUUCCAGGCUUUUGAGGAAACUUUGUAGUGUUUUGGAGGUUAAGCAAAUAAUGAAGGCUGAGAAGGAGUGUGCUGCCAAUCAAUUGAGGCCUGAGCAGUUGGUUGUUAAUGGGAGACAAUUGAAUCAUGAAGAAUUGGCUGAGCUUUUAGGGUGUGCACUACCACCUCAAAAGUUGAAGCCUGGAAGGUACUGGUAUGAUAAGGAUUCUGGAUUGUGGGGAAAGGAAGGGGAAAAGCCUGACAGGAUAAUUAGUUCUAAGUUGAAUAUUGGUAAUAAGCUGAAAAAGGAUGCUAGCAAUGGGAAUACAAGGGUUUACAUCAAUGGCCGGGAAAUCACUAAGAUCGAGCUUAGAGUGUUGAAGCUGGCAAAGGUACAAUGCCCCAGGGAUACUCAUUUCUGGGUAUACGAAGAUGGAUCUUAUGAGGAAGAAGGUCAAAAUAACAUCAGGGGAAAGAUAUGGGAAAAGGCUUUUACUCGUUUCUGUUGUUCAUUGUUUUCACUGCCUGUACCACCUGCAAAUCCUCAUGGGCCACAAGAAGAUCCAACUACCUUUUCAGGGAGGACAGUGCCUGAGUCUCUGGAGCAGGGAAGGGUACAGAAGUUGCUAUUGUUUGGGUUGGAAGGAUCUGGUACCAGUACCAUCUUCAAGCAGGCAAAGUUUUUAUAUGGAAAUGGGUUCUCUCCAGACGAGAUGCAGAGCAUUAAGCAUAUGAUUCAAAGUAACAUGUACAAGUAUCUAAGUGUAUUACUUGAAGGACGAGAGAGAUUUGAAGAAGAAGCUUUACUGGAGUUAAGAACUAAUAAUUCUGAUGCUGAAAAUUCUGCUUCAGAUGAAACAGGAGUCGAUGGAACUGAUCAGUGUAUCUUUUCAAUUAACCCAAGGUUGAAGCAUUUUUCUGAUUGGUUAUUGGAUAUUACGGCUAUGGGAGACUUGGAAGCAUUCUUUCCCGCUGCAACCCGUGAGUAUGCACCUAUUGUAGAUGAGAUCUGGAAGGAUCCUGCCAUUCAGGAAACGUACAAGAGAAGUGAGGAGCUGCCUCAUCUUCCAGAUGUUGCCAAAUACUUUUUGGAAAAGGCUGUUGAAAUAUCGAGUAAUGAGUAUGAACCUUCAGAAAAGGAUAUAUUGUAUGCGGAGGGAGUUACUCAGAGUAAUGGUCUUGCCUCCAUUGAAUUCUCAUUUGAUGAUAGGAGCCCCAUGUCCGAAGUAUACAACGAAAACUUUGAAUGCCCUCCUUCCUUGACCAAGUACCAACUGAUUCGAAUCAAUUCCAAGGGUCUGCACGAUGGUUGCAAAUGGCUGGAAAUGUUUGAAGACGUACGUGCGGUGAUUUUCUGUGUUGGUUUGAGUGAUUACAACGAGAUGUGGUCCCAUGGUACAGGCCCCGUCUAUAACAAAAUGUUGGCAAGCAGAGAUAUGUUCGAGAGUCUGGUGAACCACCCGUCUUUUAGGGACAUCACUUUCGUGCUUUUGCUGACCAAAUAUGAUGCCUUGGAGGAGAAGAUAAACCGGAUCCCAUUGUCCACUUGCGAGUGGUUCAGGGAUUUUAGCCCCUUGAAGCCUCAUCACAAUCAACAGGCCCUGGCACAACAAGCGUACUAUUACGUGGCGGUGAAAUUCAAGGAGCUGUAUUAUUCGAUAUGCGGCAGAAAGCUGUUCGUUUGGCAGACUAGAGGCAGAGAUCGCAGAUCGAUUGACGAGGCAUUUAAAUAUAUAAGGGAGGUACUGAAAUGGGAUGAAGAAAAGAAUGAUAAUAUGUAUGACGUCAACGGCGAAGAUUCGUUUUACAGUACGGAAUACAGUUCGUCUCCGUUUAUAAGGAAGGAAUAAUCCCAGUAAUCACAAAGCCAACAUGUUGCAAAUUGAUCCUCUACUACUAAAGAUUAACUUGGCAAGGCUGGUAAUGUCUGAUGUGUGAUGGAUUCAUCAGAGAUUCUGCAGCAGAUGGAACAAACAUCUUUGGUGACGGUUGCUUACCCAUUUCUUUUAACAUAUUCUUCUGGGACAUGCACAUUCUUAUUUCAGUCAUUUAAUUUUAGGUAUAAUAAUGUGUAUAUCUGUAUAGUUCAUUUGUUGGACAUGGAACCAUUGGGAUGCAAUCCUAUUCCUUUGUAGAUAAA